AUGUCGUUCCUAAAAUUUUGCAUGAAAAUUUUUGUUGUUCUAACCCCUAAACUCGCCGAAAACCGGACUAUCGGUGUCUCGACGAAGGGGCCCCUGGAGGUAGUCGUCAUCUUGGGGGAGCCGAGCAAAUAUUUUUUGUUUGCCGCGCCCAGCUUCACCAAGAUUGAUCACGAAAAAUAUAUGAUGCUCAGAACCGCGACCCCGAACUUCAUCGAGCAUUUCAUCGACAAGGACUGGAAUCGCUUCUCCUACAAGCUCGAGCUACUGGCGGUGAAUGGAGAACCAGAGGUCCGCGUCGGCAACAAAUGUGAGGCACAGAACACAGGGGAAACGAGCCACGAAAAGGCAGAAGCUGAAGCCAGCCUAAGGUCCUUCCGCGGCGUGAUUCUGGCCUCUAUCGGCACCGCCUUCUGCAUAUACAUAAUCCAGGUUCUUGCCUUGUGCCAGCGCAUUAGGUCCUUGUUUCGUCCG